AUGCAGGAAGAACUUACUAGAGGACUUGAAGGCCAGUCGUCAGCAAAUGGUCCAUCUCGCGAUAGCCCCAAGCAGCCGCCAGCAAGAGAAGGAACCAUGGGAUACCCCAAGCUCCGGGCUGGCUAUAUCCCUAUUCCCGUCAUCCACGAGGGCAUCGAUGGCAGACAGCAGCAUCCGUGCUUUUCUGCUCCGCAGCGAUUCAAGACAGAAGCUGUGCCUACCACGGUGCAGGCACAGCCACCUCUGAGAGGGGCCUACGCCAGCCCCGAGUCCCCUCCAAGGGGACCAGCAGAGGCUUCUCAGGCUGAUAAACAAUGUGGACAGACAACAGCAGCUGCAGCAGCCCCAGCGCCGGCCGCACAUGGACCCGAGGUAACUCGUCAGUGUGGCUGGGGUGUGUUUGCAUUGCCUCAAUCUUCUGGAGCUUCUGAUUCUCCAACGGUUUCCCCUCAGUCCUCUGGCAGACCCAAUGCAGGAAGCCACCAGCUUCCUCGUGGUUAUAUUCCAAUUCCUGUGAUCCACGAAAAUAUCCAACGGCAACCAACGCAAGUCUACCAUCAGGCGCAGAAGACGCACUACCCUGCCCAGCAGAGCGAGUACCAGGCCCACCAGCCAGUGUUUCACAAAAUUCAACCAGAUGAGAGGGAGCCUAAGCCGGCGCGAGCGCAGUCUCCAUUCCGAGUGUCUCAGAGAGGCUCCCCCCUCUGGUCGAGCCGCGAAAGUUCACCGGCCAGAGUUACCACCCAGAUACAAACCCCAGCCUCCAUCAGAGUGCAGACGGUUGUAGACAGACCCCAGGUUUCUCAGCAACAAGUCCCACCUCAAGAACCACCAAGACCACCCCCACCGCCUGAAAUCAAACCUGAAAACAAGGCAGUCCCAGCACCUGAACCUGAGGCGCCGUCACCAGUUCAGGUCACCCAGCAAGAACCCGAUCCUAAACGACCACCCCAGAAGCCUCCAGCCAUGGCAGAGAAAGCUGAGAAAAAGGUUUCCUGCCCACCUAAGAUGCCCCCUCCACAGGAGAGGCCUCCUCCUGAAGAAACGGCAACACUGAAGACGAUGGAAACAGGAGAACCUCCAAAGCAUCCUGGUGUUUUGAAAGUGGAGGCAAUUCUGGAGAAUGUACAAAUGCUUGAGCAGGCAGUCGACUCCUUUGAAGGCAAGAAAACUGACAAAAAAUACUUGAUGAUUGAAGAAUAUUUGACCAAAGAGUUGCUAGCCCUAGACUCAGUGGACCCUGAGGGUCGUGCGGAUGUGCGCCAGGCCAGGAGGGAUGGUGUAAGGAAGGUCCAGAACAUUUUGGAAAGACUUGAACAGAAAGCAGAAGAUGUCCCAGAGCCAGUUCAAGUCGAUGGACUUCAGCCAAAUUUGCCAGAGCCUAAGCCACCACAGGAAAUCAUGGAGAUUGAACCUGUGGUAGUCAAGAGCAAGGGAGAUGCCAAUAAUAAAGAUGCUAAGGAGGAAACCAAAAUGGAAAGACAUCAGCCUGAAACUAAGGAAGAAGUGUUUACCAAUCUCGCCACCACGACAAACACAUCUAAUAAUCCAACUGCACCAUAGCCCCGUGCUGAAAUUAAAAUGUCUCAGACUGUAUAACUUAAAGUGUGUUUAAGUGAAUUUUAAGUUGCAUGCAUUUCCAGAGCUCUUUUCAACUGGUUUUUAAUCAACAUAGCAGCUUGGGACACAGUAAACACUUCGUGGGGGAAGGAGGGAGUUAGAAAGAAAAUAAUGCAUUUAUCCUUUAUUCUUACACUAUGUAAAAGACAUGUUUCAAAAAUAAACCCUGUACCUUAAUCACUUUUAGAUCAGUUGAAUGGAAAAAUUAAAUAAACUACUUCAGGGUUAAUAUUGAUGCGUGUUGUUUAGGGUGUAUUCUUUUGCAGGUGAUUUUUGUAAAAUCAGUGGCCUGCAUUGUCAGAAUACCGGUCCUUCUUUAAGUGUAGCCACUCUUAACAGUAAUGUUUUUAUUUUUAAUGUUCACAGUUGGGCACUUUAAGUAAUGACGGAUAGAAAGUGUGUAAGAAACUGUAGGGAUAUUUAUAUGUGUGCAGGACUUUGAUGCUAUAUUUUAAGAGGGAAAUAAAAUAAUAUAGAAGCCUAA